CCACCAUUCACCAAACCACUUUUACAAUUUUGAAAUCACACUCUUCAUUCCAUAAAUUCAAUCUCUUCCAUCAACCCAACAGAUCCAUAUCCAUAAUGGCGGUCGCAGCUUCAGGAAUCAACCUUACUCCACUAUCCAAAGCCGACGAAAACUUCCAUAGACCCACUGAACUCAAGGCUUUCGAUGACACUAAAGCUGGCGUUAAAGGCUUAGUCGACGCAAAAGUUAAUGAAAUCCCUCGUAUCUUUUACCACCCACCGGAGGACGUCCACUCCGCCCAAACCCAUAUCCACAUUCCAUUGAUAGACCUUGAAGGCGUUGGCAACGAUUCACUCAAACGCAAACACAUCAUCGAACAAAUCCGUGACGCUUCGGAAGAAUUGGGCUUCUUCCAAUUGAUUAACCAUGGAAUUCCGACGAGUGUUCUUGAAGAAAUGAGAGACUCUGUUCGGAGAUUUCACGAACAAGACACGGAAGAUAAGAAACAAUACUAUACAAGAGAUUUCAUGAAGCCUUUUAUUUACAAUAGUAAUUUCGAUUUGUAUACUGCUCCCACUACCAACUGGAGGGAUACAUUUAGUUAUGUCUGUGCUCCAAAUCCUCCAAAUCCACAAGAAUUGCCGGAAAUUUGCAGAGAUAUUAUGGUGGAUUACUCGAAAUGGGUGAUGGAGAUCGGAAAAUUAGUGUUGGAAUUGCUGUCGGAAGCUUUGGGUUUGAAUCCCAACUACUUGGACAACAUAGGAUGCAAUGAUGGGCUUGCAUUUGUAUAUCACUAUUACCCUCCAUGUCCACAGCCAAAAUUGACCACCGGCAUAUCCGAGCACUCUGACACUGACUUCAUCACGGUGCUGUUGCAAGACCACAUCGGCGGCCUACAGAUUCGUCAUGACAACAAGUGGAUUGACGUGCAUCCUGUAGCUGGAGCCUUAGUCGUUAACAUCGGUGACCUUAUGCAACUAAUAACAAAUGACAGGUUCAAAAGUGUUAAUCAUAGGGUUCUAGCAAGUCAUGAAGGUCCGAGAAUAUCAGUAGCGGGCGUUUUCUCAACGAUGGUUUCACCAAGUGACAAACUUUAUGGACCCAUCAAGGAAUUGGUAUCAGAAGAAAAGCCUGCAAUUUAUAGGGAAACUACAGUUAGAGACUUUAGUGUUCAAUUCAAGUCGGAUGGGCUUGGAACUUCUACUUUGAAGCAUUACAAGCUGAAUCAAGCACACAUUUAAAUUGCAAUUAUAUUGACGUACCAUCCCCCAUAAUAAUUCGUGGAAUUGUUUAGAUCCAUCUGUCUUAUAUUUUCUUUCUUCAUCUUUCCAUCCCACAAAAAUAUUUUUUUUUUGUGGAUGAGCGAUGUGAUGAAGAACGUAAAUGAUAGAUAUGCCUCAAGUUUGUUUUCAUAAAAUACGGUCUUUAUCUA